GAGACUGGUGGGCGAGCGCUGUUGGAGGGAGGACGGGAGACUGGCGGGAGCGCUGUUGGACUCAAGCAGGGGAGGACUUGCUGGGUUGAGACGUUGAGACGGAGCAAUGCCACGGCUGGAUCGCAUGGGGCUGGACGAGCGCACGCUCGGAGUCCUCGCGUCCCUCCCUGUGCCGAUCGUUUUAGCGGAGUCCCUGCUCUCUCGAGACCCGGAACAGCUCGCCCUGGAAUGUGGCGUCAGCAUGAAGGCCGUCAGCAAGCUCCGAUAUCUCGUCGCGCUUCGGUGUCAGCCUCAGCCUCCGGUUCCCGACAGGAGAGCUCCGGAAGACAACGGCGAUGGAGCGACUCCAAACACACAGGGGCACGGCGGAGAGGGCAAGCGGGGGGCGGGUAGCAGCACGGCGACACCACCACCACCACCGCGGCCAGCAGCAGCUACAGCGAGGGCGACAAGCUCUCCAAGACGAAUAGGAGGUGUUGUUGGCGGAGGGGGAAGGGGGGGCACACCGGACGACCCUCCCCUGCUGUCCUUCGAGUCGGCCGAUGCCCUGUACCGACAGGCGAGGGACGUGGGGGGUUUCGUAACGACGGGGUCGGACAGCCUCGACAAUCUUCUCUGCAAGGGGUUGAUGCUUCACCACGUUGUCGAGGUCGUUGGGAGGUCAUCUUCGGGCAAGACGCAGCUCUGCUUGACGGCAGCGGUGGCGGCGGCGUCCCACGGGAUCGGGGUGCUCUACAUCGACACAGCGAACGGCUGCAGCGUGCGACGGAUGCAGCAGAUCGCCCGUUCCCGCUACGCAGACGCCAACGGGGAGAUGACGGCGCGACAAAUGGACGCUCUCCUGGACAGGCUCCGGGUGGUCCGCGCCUUCGACAUCUCUCGAGUCAUGUCCGCGCUGGUGGCCUACAUCGACGGCGUCAUGGAAGGGGGCAGGAACGGGGUGUACAGCGACUGCCGAUUGGUCAUUCUAGACUCCGUAACGGCGGUUAUUUCGCCGCUUCUCGGUGGCUUCAAGAACCCUGCCGGGCACGGACUGAUGGCUUCGUUGGGACACCUACUGAACCGUGCGGCCUCGCAAUGCAGCGCGUGUGUCCUGGUGGCCAACAGCACCGUGGCACCGAGAGGAAUCAGCGAGGAGGAAGGCCCUCGCGCGGCAUUGGGCCUGACUUGGGAAGGCGUGCCAUCGAUACGAGUGCUGCUCGCGGAAGCCUCUGCCGCAGCCGGAGGCGCCAGCGGCAGUGGCGAUGCCGGCGGGGCUGACCAUGGAACUGUUGGCGAGGCGUCACCCAGAACGGCGACACUGCUCAAGCACCCGGCACAGGCAAGGAACGACAAGGCCUGGCAGACUAACCUUUGA